AUGACAAGCGCUCAAUUACAUACGGGUUACUGCAAGAGUGCAGAAGGUUUGUUUCAUCAUACUGCUGCAGCGUCCGCCAAGAUGCCAGGAAACAUGGACGCUAGGUCGACAAAUGAGAAACUUAUCGCUGAUGAAUUAAACAAACUCUCCUUUCAGGAACGAGAGGAGGCAUAUGAAGAUAUUCACGGUGUAAGGGACCACGUCAAGGAAACACCAGAAUCAAUAGAAUACUCCCUCCAACAAAUGCACCAUCACCUGAAGCUCCUGCAUGACAAAUACGCCUAUGAUCUUGCCGAAUCCCUGUCUAAGGAUUAUGCUACAGAUCGUAGACUCCGACUGAAGUUCCUUAGAGCUACGAUGUUCGACCCAAAGGAGGCAGCAUCUCGAAUGGCCGGGUACUUCCGCCACAAGCUUGAUCUGUUUGGCUGGGAAAAACUUGUGAAGAAUAUUACUUUUGAAGAUCUUGGAGAAGAUUCGAUGAAAGCUGUAUCUCAGGGAAUGAUGCAUCAAGUAUUACCUUCUCGGGAUACCCAAGGGCGGGCUAUAGUCUGCGGCUGGCAAAGAUUAUUCCUGGCUCAAGUUGACAGAUUCAAGGACCCAGUGAAAACGUUGACAAAAGCUUUCUGGUAUGUUUUGACGUCUGUUGCUGAUGACGAAGAGACGCAGAAGAAAGGUUUUGUUUUUGUGAGUUACGCUGUCGACUCGAAUCAACCAUCAGAUACCAUUCGGCGAGAAACCCUUAGAAGCUGUGCAACUGUACAUCAGAUACUCCCAGCCAGAACAACCGCGGUACACUUUUGUUCGGAUUCGCAGACAGCUGCAGCGUUAUGGAGGAUAAUAAUUGUGAGCUCUGUAACCUAUAAUCGAGUGCGACUUAGGACACAUUGUGGUUCGCACAAUGAGAUCAAAUACAGAUUAAUGUCAUUUGGGAUACCAAUCAACGAUUUUCCUUUCUUAGAAAGAGGUGAUGUGAAGAAGACUAAUCAUCUCAAGUGGAUUGAACGACGAAAACGAAAAGAAGAGUAUCUUAAAACGCAUACUCUUCCAAAGAAUGCUGUUGACAUUCCAUCGAGAGUUGAUGUGAUUCUUGGUCGAGGUACUCCUUUCAAUAGCCAUCCCGGGAACAAGCGUCUCCAUGAGAUCGUUGCGGAUCAUUACGAUGAGUAUGAUAGAGAGACGCGUGUGGGAAAGACAAAGAUAGCUGAGAGGAUUGUUGCCACGGUCCAUGCAUAUGGAGGGAAGUUUAUGAAGCUGGAAGAUGAAUGCGGAAUGUGGAUCGAGGUGACAUCUCUUGAUUCGAGGAACAAAGUUGCUCACUCUUUCCGACGGAAGCGGGAGUUUUCAGUAAAAGGGUCCAAGGCAGUGCAGGGAGCUACUGGGGAAGACUGUGGGCGCGACAACAAGCGAUUGCGAGAGUGCUGA